ACUGCGAAGUUAAAUUGACGGACAUCUGGUGCAAACCGCAUGUAUAUUUAUAGCAAGUAGCAAGCGAGCGCGGAAGUGCGCCGGGCUCUCUCGAACCGAUAGUUGGUUAACCAUAUUUACCAGCAAGUACUAAGAUACAUACAGACAACCAAAACAAUCGCUGUCCCUGACAUUAAAAAUACAGCAAAUAUGUCAGCCGAGUCAAAUUCCUCGAUUUUCGAAGACAAUCCUGUAGUGACAACGCCGUCUGGUUCAUUCCGAGGAACCUGGAUGGAGACGCGACGAGGACGGCGCUUCGAAGCCUACCGCGGUAUCAGAUACGCCGAGGCUCCUGUCGGAAAGUUAAGAUUUCAGCCUCCUAAGCCAAUUCUCCACUAUGAUGAUGAAGUGGACGCCACUGAGGACGGCCCAGCGUGUCCGCAGCCAGCACCUGUAGGAUAUUAUAUAGAUGAGGACUGUUUAACCAUCAACGUGUAUACCCCAAGUCAUGACAGUAAAGAACCACUGCCAGUGAUAUUCUUCAUCCACGCCGGAGGAUACUACUCGAUGUCGGGGCGCAGUGACCUCGCCGGACCUCACUAUCUACUCGACAGGGAUAUCGUUCUUGUCACCAUUAACUAUCGGAUUGGAUCUCUUGGAUUUUUAAGCACAGGCGACGCAUUAGCUCCCGGUAACAAUGGAUUCAAAGAUCAAGUAGUCGCUUUACGCUGGGUACAACGGAACAUACUAUCAUUCGGCGGAGAUCCCAAUCUCGUCACGAUUGCAGGAUGCAGCGCUGGAUCUUCGAGUGUAUUGCUUCAUAUGGUGUCGCCUAUGUCUCAAGGAUUGUUCCACCGUGGCAUAUCAAUCAGCGGCUCUCCGAUUACCAAGGUGCCUCUGUCACAGGACAUGCUAGAUCUUGCACAAAAGCAGGCCCAAAUAUUAAACUGUCCCACAAAUUCACCAGAGGCCAUUGUUGAGUGCUUGAAAACGAAGUCGGCAAAACAAAUGGGCGAUUCGUUGACAUCAUUCUAUGUAUUUGGAUCUGAUCCUUUACUAAUAUGGUCACCAAUUGUGGAACCUGACUUGGGGCAGGAGCGAUUCCUCACCAUGGAACCGAUGGAGGCUAUCCGCAAAGGGAAAAUGCAUGCAGUGCCCUUCAUCAUCAGUCGGACUACGGAUGAAUUUUUCUGGAAGGCAUUCACUGUCCUCAAAAACGAAACCCUUCUGAACACAAUGAAUGACGAAUGGGAGCGCAUCGCUCCAAUCUCCUUCGCACUUCCUCCAGAGAAUUCUGCAGAAACCGUGAAUAGAUUAAAGCAGGAAUACUUCGGGGGAAAGAGGCUGGUCAACGACGAGUCCACCGCUAAAGCCUUGGGAAACCUUUACGGAGACACUCUGAUUGGUUUUCCUGUGCACAGAAUGGCCAACCUCAUGUGCCGGCAUUCUCCUCACAAAGUGUUCUAUUACGAGUUUGCAUACAUUGGAGACCACAGUCAUUACGAAGAUCCAGUUACCAAGAAACCAACAGCUGCAGCCCACCAUGAUGACCUAAUCUACCUGUUUACGUUGAGCUACCAGUUCCCCACCAUCCAAGUGAGCGACAGCAAGGACUCGCAAAUGGUUGACAAGAUGACCGCUGUCUGGUCUAACUUCGCCAAGUAUGGAGAUCCAAACCCUCGUGGCCCCGAGUACCCCGAGCUAUCCAGUUUACAUUGGCCACCCAUGACGCCCACUGACCGCCAGUACCUGCGUUUUGGAGACGAGUUCUCUGUACACGAGAACCUCUUUGAGGACAGGAUGAAGACGUGGGAAGAGCUGUACUCAGUAUUGUACUGAUAGAACAUUCCUUACAUUUAGAAAUACUAUUAAAAUAUAAGAAUCUUGUUUCUAGUAUGAUUGAGUAAUUAACUGCCCGCGAUGUUAGAAUAAACGAUUGCCAACUGGACUGCCAAGCGUGGCAACUAUUGGCAAAACCCCCCAAGGGGGAGGCUUAUGCUCAGCAGUGGACAAUCAAAGUCUGAUAUGAUGACGAUGUUGAUGAUUAUAUUAGUAAGAUUUUUGAAAACAGGAGUUUUAUGAACUUGCUACGGUUGUCGUUUCUAACAAAUUAAUUCAACUUCAUCCAGAAGUCUUGUUCAGGGUGAGCACGUUGCUUACAUCGUAGUGCCUCGCUUCGCACUGUAAUUUUUGUUUUUUUUAUACUUUAAUGAUGACAAAACAAACAUACGACCCAUCUGAUGGUAAACUAUUGCCAUAUCUAUGGAUGCCUGCAACAUCAUGCAUAUCAGAUGUGCAUUGACGAUCCAAAAAAUUGCAUUCUAAUAUGUAAAUCUAGGUAUGUAAGGUAAUACUUUGUUUUUUUUUUAUUAUUUAAAAUGAAAAAAAACUAAAUCUUCUUAUUAAUGUUUUGUUUCAUUGUAGUGUUAUUAAUAAAUUAUUGAAAUUA